GUUCCAAACGAAAGAGAUGUCAAUCAGGAAUUUAGAGAUAAAGCUGAACGAUAUUUUAAAAUCUAAUAAAUUAUUGAGUGACAGUUCUGCAGACGAUUUAUUUAGCUGGUUUGCUACUCAUUAUAGAGAAGAACUCAGUUUAGUUAGACUACAAAUACUCGAUUUGGCUGAGAGACAAUCAAUUAAUAGAAAGUUUUCACUUAAAUCACUUGUCAGUUUAGCUACUAUCUUACAUCGUCAUAAUAUCUCUCGAUUUAAGCAGAUAGCGGCUACAACUAACUUUACAUCAUUCGAAUUGGCGAGAUUCGUGGAAGUUUUAGUCGCAUCUAAUUCUAAUACACCAAAGAUAUUAGAUGUAUUACACUGUUUCUCUAUCAAUUUCGUUGAAACACUAACUAAUAGCUCAUUACCAUUACUCAAAUACCUAAACGGAUUAUACAAUAGCAUUGAGAAAGAUGAUAAAUUAAUCAUCUUGGAUAUACUCUACAAUAUUAUACAUCAUUCAUUGUCAAAUUCAAAUUCAGCCACCCUCAUUUCAGAAGCAUUAAACGUCAUUCUUGACAAAACACCGCCACCAGAGCUCAGCGAUCGACCUCUUCAGAAUGCAUCAAUGUUGUCUGAUCUAGAAACCAUCACUGAGAGCAGUACACUUCUUAUACCUCAAACAAACUUUGAUCUUCAGAUCGUUGGUCAAAGAAUGGAAUUGUUAGUGCUCGAUAUUAUGUUAAUAAGCCCACCUAGCUCAAGCAAAGCGGAUAUGGAAGCGCCGCCAGCUCUACCACCAAGACCAGAUAGAGAUCCACGCAUUGAUGUCGUUCUUGAUAUAUUCCCAGAUCAAGAUGUAUCAUUUAUUGAAAAGGCGUUAUCUUUGCCACAAUACAGCAACACAGAGGCACUUAUUGAAGCUUUACUAGAGGGUACAGUUCAUAUACCUCAAGAUGAACCUCUUGAGCAACCUAAAUAUGAUAAUGACGAACCCGCCGAGCUUGAUUUCAGCAAGUUGCGUAUAGGCAAGGCUAAUAAUUUAAAAUUAAAGAUGGAUGAAGACGCUAGAAAUGAACUUAAAGCAACAGUCAUGCGCCGAGUAGAGGAAGCCCAAAUUGAGGAAAUUGAAGCUGAAUUAGAAGAGGAAGAAGAGUACGCUAGCAGACCUACCGAGACAGGUGAUACCACUCCGACUGUCGAAGUUGAUUAUUCUGUACUUGAGAAAGCAUAUCUUGAGAACCCAAGCUUGUUUGAUAGGUCCUCAACUACUCGCAGAUCCAAGGAAAGAGAGAAUCUCCGGAAUGCUACUGGUUUAGAUGAUGGCCAAAUAGAAGGAUGGCAUUCUCAAUUAGUGAGAAAUCCUCGCAAAUUGCAAAGACUGGUUCAAGAUAAGGAUAUUGUGAAUAAUAACCUCGAUGUACCUGUUCAAGAAGGUAAAUCAAGACAUUCUCGAGGUGGCGCGAGAGGAAGAGGAAGAGGUGGUGCCAGUAGUGGCUCUACCCGUGGUAAAGCUCCAACUCAAGGCGCUGGUCAUAGUGGUAAUAACCGUCAGCGUCAAAAUAAGGAAAAGCAAGGUAAUGCACAGAGGAAGAGAGGUCAUGACAAGAAGUUUGCCAACCAACCAACCUAAAUAAAUCAAAUUGAGUGUCCUGUAUCAUAAAUAACGGAUUCCGCUAUGGCUGCAUUUCUUUGUAAAAC